AUAAUAGGAGGAGAUUUAUAACUCUUAAUCUGGUUCUCUAUCAGCUGACAGUUAUGUCCUGUGAAAACGAGCUCCUUUGUAUACCUUACGUUUUUAUCAAUUAAUAAAUGUUGUGUUUUCUGUGGAGAUUCCAUGAGUGGCUUUUCUUCGACAGCAGUGCACCCCUCUGACCUAGGGUGCGCCAUCCCCCCGGUGACAUCAUAAGUCGUGUGAGGGCCUUAGCCGCUAGGUGGCUACUCGGUUGGUGACGCCAUCGUUGUUUGCAAACCGAAAGCUAAGUACGGCUAAGUAAAAUAAAACAUUGGAGUGGCUAACGGCUGUGUUCCUGCCAGUAUCGUUGUUGUUUCUCUCGAUCGUGGGAUCACUUUUGUUUCUAGACGAUCAUGGCGUGCGGGGCCACUCUGAAGCGUCCGAUGGAGUUUGAGGUGCUGCUCAGUCCCCAAUCUCAAUCCCCGAAGCGGAGGCGUUGCACUCCUCUUCCUGGGAGUCCGGCCACCCCCUCUCCCCAGAGGUGCAAUACGAGGGUCGGAGAGACCCUUCAGCAGUCAGUGUCACCAUUUGGGGGAGAACAUCGGCUUACACCAGAACAGAUAUUCCAGAACCUAAAGCAGGAGUACACUCGCUAUCAAAGGAGGCGGCAAUUAGAGAAUUCAUUUAACCAGGGUGAGGGCAGCACUUCUGGUGAGGCACAGUCUCAGAGCGCAUCAUUAACAGCACCAAGCUCUCCAGGCACAUCAUCUGUAAAAAAAGACCAGCCCAGCUUUACUUUGCGACAGGUUGGAGUACUUUGUGAACGCUUGCUUAAAGACCAUGAGGAAAAGAUACGGGAAGAGUAUGAACAAAUUUUAAAUACUAAACUUGCAGAACAAUAUGAAUCUUUUGUGAAGUUCACACAUGAUCAGAUAAUGCGACGAUAUGGUGCACGUCCAGCAAGCUAUGUCUCGUGAAGCAUUUUGAAUUUUGUCUAGUUUUCACCUCAACUGGAUAGCUGCUGUACCUUGCAAAACUGUUUGGUGCCAUGUUGUAUUCACUUUUAACCUACAAGAGGGGUGAACUUCUGUUGCUGAUCCACUUUUUACCUCCCACGUGGAAAGCAUUGACAUUUUCCAUUUGGCACAGUUUAAUUUUCCCACUGCUCGUUCUACUACUGUGAUUAUAUGCCACGACUUAUUUCAAAGUGAAAAAACUGCUUCCUCAGCUGCCAUGUUGCACAUCCUGCAUUUGGCACAUGGCACUGAAUAUAAGGAACUGUUACUUUUUUUUUUUUUAAUAAAAUGUUCUUUAAGUUUAGUCUUUUUCUGAUGUUUUUACUCUAGAAGAUGCAUUUAGGCAAUCUUUGUUUUGAAUUAUUGGUGCACUACAGUUCAUGUCCUGAAGUGCUGGUGAGGACAGAAAUUAAGGACUAUAUAGCAUGAUAAGGUAGUGCAUUAUUAUAUAUCCUGUCUGGUACCACAUGGUAAACUAUAUUAUCUGUUGAUGAAUUUUCUGUUGUGUAUGUAUAUAUGUAUGUAAAAUGUCUGUGUCAUUGGUUCAUGUAGCAGAGUCAUAAAUUCAGUUUUCUGUUCCUUAGUAUUGAAACUGUGUUUUCUGUCCUGAGCUAAGCAGUUAGAGAUAGACUGAAGACCAAUAUUUGAUCCAUAAAUGUUUAGAAACCAUUGUCUUUAUUUUUUUUUUAAUUUUAGAUGUUGACAGGUAUUUUUGAAGACUUGCACAGUUGCUGAGGAGUUAGAAUUUCUGUCAGAAGUUUGAGAUGUGUUCUUAUUGGCUUGACUUGCACUUGGCUACUAAUGAAAAGCCAUGUUCCUUGUGGUUUCUUAGUUGCACCUCUUGGGCACUAAUUCUUUAUCAGAUGCCUUCGGAAUUAUAGCCAGAACUCAAACCUAAGGACUCAAGGUGUACCACACUUUAUCCCACAAAUUACUCCAUUUUUUAAAGAACAGAUCCAGGGAAUUUAUAGAAAGUGGACAUGUUUGAAUUGUCUGCAACCUGCCAUUAUGAAUGAGGAGCAGUGGAAUACACAAGUAUGCUUUGUAGCUGCUUUAUUAGUGGUCGUGACUAUGGCUGUGACUAUCCAGAAGCUGUUUCUUGUUCCUGUUCAUUCACACAGUAGCCCAUAGAGAUUACUUGCCUAAAAAAAAAAAGGAUACAUUGAGUUAGUGUAGUCUUCAUUCUUGGUCAAUUUUCACUGGCGGUAUUCCGGAUGUCUUAACUUGACUUGCCAAUUUAAUUUAUCCACCCAAUUGAUUUUCAUUACCAUAUGUGAAUUUUAAUGUGUUAUACUCACAUAAUUCAUUCCACUUCUGGAGCAGUUAAGUGUAUAAUUUUAAUAUGGACUUUCCAGCAUGUCUCAUUCUGUCAAUUUUCACUCCUUUUCUGGGUCUCUCUGUGGUACUGAUUACCACCAAGCAUGUUGCCUGACAAACUUUUUGUGGGAAUUCUGAACACCACAGGUUACUUCUUAAGAUGACUAGAUGACUGGCUGCUAAUUCGUCUAAAGCUAUACAUUCUUAAAUUUGAUAUCCUACUUGUCAUGGCAAAGUCCGUACUUUUAUCCAUGCACAUUUACUAAAAUUGUUAGUUGAACUCUUGACUAGCACUUUUGCAGCCCUUAUACUGAUUUUUCAUCUAUUUAUAUUGGGAUGCCAAAUUGUGCCAGAAUGGUGUCUUAAGGGUUGAUUAAACUGUCUCAGGUGCAGUGGAAGGUAAGCAGUAAGUAGCAAUAGGGGUUGUGAUUUCUAUUGCUUGUUGUAGCCAUCUUACUGCCAUACUGUUAUGUAGUCCUGGCAGAAACUCCUCCUGAUGACUCCUUUUUGAGUCAGAGUACAUCUCUUCUUGAUCAGUCAUUCAGUGUAUGAAGGUAGAUUCCCAUUUAAUUUAAAUAAGUUUAAAACCUGUCAGAAGGCCUACUUCUAAGAGUGGAUCCCCCCAUUACUCUGUAGUCACUUCUGAGAUGCCUUUCAUUUAAUAAUGUAACUAGAGUACCAUGCAUUGUGGCUUCGUGAGUAAUUGUAUAUUGUCGGAUUAGGUCAAGUAAAGCAGAUAACCCUUUAUUGACUUAGUCUGUGCAUUCAGAUUACCUUUGCACGUAUGUGUUCCUGCUCUUUCAGUUCAGGAGAAAAGCCAUGGGUUCUCAUCUUUACUAUAGGUGCUUUUUUGAGUCAAGUUCAUUUGAAAGCCCGCUGUAUUGUGGGAACAGUUUUUGAAUUGGGACUGAAUUAGGAAAUAUUUGUAGGCCAUGACAUUUAUUGACCUAAGAAAAUGCCACAUUUUCUUCAACGUUAUAGUGGUACUGGUGGUGGUGUCUGCCCCCCUCCUACCUACCCUCUCUAUGAUUCAUGUGGUUGCACACCCGUUAGAUAGAUGAAGACAAUCCUAAGUAUUUUAGAUUGGCCUAGACUUUAUGCCAGUUCAUCCUGUCGAGUUACUGCUUGUACAUUGACCGGAAGUGGGAUUGCAUUGUACAUUAAUGUCCUUCGCAUUUUAACCUUGUUUGAAUGGUUGGAAUUUUACUCUAUGGCUGAAUUAAAUGGUGCCUUUCCUAUUGUGGAAUCCUGCUUUGAAGGUGUUUUAUGGGCUCUGCUUUUUCAUCCGAGAGAAUUUAUGUGAUGUUCAAGAUCCUUAGAUGUUCUUGGCAUUGGUCAUAGGUUCAUAGGUAGGUACUAGGCUAUUGGCGCUAGGGCCUAUAUAAGCCUAGCCACCACUGUUGUAGUAGUCUUACUGGGACUUCUGCUGUAGAAGGCUUCCAGAGCUCGUCAUCCCUACCCCUACACAAUGAACAGACCUCUGCCCUUAGUGUUAGGAUAUUCCCUUUGUAAAGAUGGUGUCUGCCUGCUCUGCUUUAAAGCUUUCUAUAGUUUACAGCAUAUGUACUGUUUUUCUGCCUGUAGUCUGGUAAUCUUGGCCUGCUCCCCAUUGGGUUUUUCUUUUUUUUUUUUUUUUUUAAGUCAAAGUUUGUAUUUUUGAUAGUGAUAUUUAAUGCUGUGUAGUUAAGCUUGGACAAGUGGAUAGAUAAACCGAGGCAUUCCUGCCCCUAAGAAAGAAGGCAUGUGCUUUUGUGGUAGACAGAUCUUACAAAAAUGCUAUCAUAGUAUGUGCUUUUUCUGUUUAGACCCAGAAAACAGUACUGUGUUGCGCCUGUCAGGGGUUUAUGCAAAAAAAAAACAAAAAAAACAAAUGGAGUGUUUCCUGCAACAUAGAAUUCAUAUUGGAAGAGACUUUGUUGUGACUUGUACUAGCAUGGUGUCUUCCAGUUUAUCCCUGACCUUAGACCCUUGCCCCCAGAAGCAAUUUAGAUGAGUGAGCUUCAAGUCAAGGACUUGGGUGGUGCAACACUGAUGUCCAUGGUCUUUGAUGUAUCUGCUGAGAUUGAGGACAUUCAUCUCACUGGGUUGAUUUUACAGGUCUAACCAUCACAAGUGAGGUAUCCAAGGUCUUGCAAAGAAGCCCCUUAACAGUCAUGCUUGCAAACCUGGUUAGUCCCAUUUGGCUGGGAACCCUUGUAUGGAGUUGAGACUGGAAGUUCCACCUCAGACAUCCACAGUUGAAGUAAGUUUUCUCUCUGAAGGAGCAUACAGUGUAUCCACUGUUGAAAUGAGCGAGAAUGUUCUGGGCUGCUCAGUCCAUAAGCUGUAGGGCAAUAUCCACUUAAGAGUAGUCAGAAGCUACAAAGGUAGGGCUGUCACCCCCCCACACACUCCACCCCCCCCCCGGCUCUCUGGAACCAGGCAGGCACUUACUCAGCCACCUCCAGGUUGUUCUCUACUGAUUUUUCUUUGGUACAAAGAUAUCUUGGAUCCUGCAAAUAUGUAGCCAAGUUCAGGUCAUUCCUUUGGUGCCUAGAGCCUUUUCUUCCAGAAAGUGCAAACUCUACCAGGCAAAGGGCAGUGACACCUCAGAGUGAGGGGGAAGAAUUGGACUACUCCUAAACAUCUUCCCUCCGCCCUUGAGUGUGAUGUACACAUUGAUGACUCUAUAUCCCAUGCAUUACCCGGCAAAAGAAUUUUCAUUUGUAGAUGCUCUCUGUAGGAUGAAACAGCACUUGAGGUGGAAAGCCAACAAUAUUUGAUGCUCAGAAAACUUGUUUUUAUUUACUUGGCUUGGAUGCCACUUAAUCAGCAGCCGUGCUGAAGAAUGCAUUCUUGGCAGCUUCUGAUGAACCAAACUCCCAGCCACAUCCCCACCACACCCUUCAAUCACCAAGACAUCUGAUAGCUCUACAAGGUCCAUGAUCCCGUAGAAAAGCCCUGCGACUGAUACAGCAGUGGUGUCUGUGGAUUUGGAGAAUUGCUAUAGCUGGUGCCAUCUAAUCUAGCACCCUACCUGAUGAUGAGGAAAGCAGAUAGCUGAACCAGUUUGAGAAAGUGUGUGCCCAGUUGCCAGUCUGGCUUUCAAGUGCCAUUAAUUUUCAGACAUGUGGCCAAGUUUCAGUUCACUGUCAUAGGCCUGAUGAUGAAGAAUGGGGAAGGUGUCUCAUGAACUGAAGGCAAAAUUAUUGGGGACCCCCCCCCCAAGGCAUUUACUAAAUUACUCUGUGUGGUUAUGAUGAUGUGGAUGCAAUGUCCUGGGCAGCAGCUAUGGGGUCAGUCAUCAUGAGACCUGCCUGACUCUGACUACAGCCUUUGCCAGGGAGUGCCAAAAUGCAUCCCUUUUCUAUAAGGAGAGGGUCAGUAUUCAAACCAGCUCCACAUUUAUGCUAAAAAUGAGUUCUCUCAACCAAUCUAUCCUCAUCAUUUUCUUUCUAACCUUCUAGAACAAGGGAGAAAAAAUAUUCGUUCCUGACAUGCACAGGCAACUGAAAUGCUAUGUAGAUAAAACAAAGAACAUAGAUGAUUGGCUCGUUCCAUUAUGUUCUGUAUCCUCAAUUUGGAACAGAGUUGGAAGGGCUUAUGAGUGCCCAAAGCACAAGGGAGAAAGCAGUGAUUGAGCAGUUUGUAAAGGGGGGAUGGAGCACAGGCUGCUCUUGAGACAACUACCUGAUUGUUGGUCCACACAUUUUCCAAACACUAGAGACCAGAUAUUGCUUCCAAGUCAAGGGUCUGGUUUGCAGCUACCAUUCUACAAGGUUUGCUGCUGCCCAUCCCUACCAGUCUGUCACCAUCCUUAGCCUUUUAAGCUGUAGAUUCGCCCGAGUAGUAAUGGCUACUGCAGCAAUGAUCUUUACAAAGACUAUAAUAUAGUUAUACGAGAACUUAAUUCAUAUAGAUUAUUUUUACAGUACUGAUUUCCUCCCAUCAUUUUUCUCCUCUUGGGCAUCCUGGGCUGCGGUGGUGUAUCCUUUUUUUUUUGCCUCUUUCUGUCAGGAUAGCCUUGUAGUUCCCGGUUUGUCUAAUUCCUUAAUCCAGAGUAUGUACACAGUUUUUUGCUUCACUAGGAUACUUGUGACUUGAGGUUUAAUAUGUUGGAUACUGUGUAUUCAUCCUGGGCAAGAGGGCUGUAAAGUGGCACAGGCACAUGUCAGCCUUGUACAGGGAGUGUUGGACAUUCCUAAGGAAUGGAUAUCUUUUUGGCAUGAAGGUAGAAGGUCGCUGAGCUUUGGAAGUUGAGCUUGCUUGUAAGCUGGUGGACAACUCAUUUGAGGUGAUACUGUUUUGUAUGGCAGUUCCAACUGAGAGCCAGUGUUGUGGUGGUGAACAUCAGAUUAACUCCGCACUUGGCCCCCUUUACAGUUUUCCUUGAAGUCCAAGUUGUCCUUCAUUAGAAGCUGUAGUGCUUCAUCUGAAGCUUGUCACCAUCUGUCUGGUGUAUAGAGUGACUGUAGGCUUGUGUGUGUGUGUGUGUGUGUGUGUGUGUGUGUGUGUGUGUGUGUGUGUGUGUGUGUGUGUGUGUGUGUACACACUAUAGAGAUGAACUGUUUUCAUAACUCAUUUCUGGAAAACAAUGUGCUUCCCAACUGUGUAUAAUUGGUGGUUGGCAAGAACACACUAGCUGCUUGUAUUGAACCUUACUGUGGUUUGCUUUGUAUGGUACAUUGAGUUAGGGUGUACAGCUCUUUUUAGAGUGCUAACUGUGUGGAAGUACUAUAUGGCAUGUAGGUUUACACCGUUGUUGCCCAUUGCUGGUUUUAGCCUUAAUUUGUCAGUUUUGGAAACUUAGUCAUGCUUGUGUGACUGGUAAUGGAACGGUGCAAGACUGAUAGACAAAUGUUGAAUGAUAUCUUUGCCACUAGGAAAAACUGGAUUAUUCAUUGAGGUCACUCUGGAAUAGUUCAUGGCUCACUUUUUUCAUGGUGCAUUCUCAUUUCCUUAGCCAGUGUAGUGCACUAAUUUACUUGUGUACAAUCUAGCCAAGUUCCAUCAUUAUUGGUUGAAUUUUAUUAAUUCUUCCUGAGUGUGGUGAGACAUUUUACAAGGCAUUUUAUUUCUAUGUAUCUGGGAAUGAGCCUCAGACAUUGCUAAGACUUCAGGUGUGAAAUCCAUUUUUGUGCUGUGGGGGCUAGAGUAAAAACUUAUCUCUUCUGCGAAGAGAGGGUAUGAAUGUGUACUGCAUGAAAAAGGUGUUCUGCUGAAGAAUCUUUGUAGGAUCAUAUUUUGCAGCAUAGCUUUUUACUCAUUUGUACUGUCAGUCUGUACUGUCUUUUUGGCAAGAAACUGAUCCUUGUAUACUUUGUGCAGCUGUGUAACUUACCUGAUGUCUGUAAAUCUUUACUGUUUUAACUGCUAAAGACAUAUUUUCAUGGGGACACCUAUUUUCCCAUGACUUAUAGAACUUUGUAGCAUUUUAAACAGUUUUCAGAUUUUAGCGGUUUACUUGAAAGCAUAUCCGUUGAACUCCUGUAGCGUGGCAGGCUUGCAAUGUCAUAGUAUGAAGAGAGAGUCAAGUUCAUUUUGAAGGUGACAUUAAGUAGUUGCUUGGUCAGCUUCAUUGUGGAUUUAAAAAAAAAAUUGUAGAACAUACUGGAAAUGUGUAAGCUUUGUUAGACAUUUGCUGUUAAGGAAGCUCUACAGAAUUCCAGUGAAGGUGAAGAUGCAUGUUCCAGAAUCUGGACGUUUUUAUAUUUUGAUAACAUGAUGGACUUCCUGGCGUGACAGUAUUUCCAUGAUUAUGGCUGUUCAUGUUGUUUCUAGAGGUAGAGUUGAUGGACCCUCCCUAAGAAAUGAACUAGAAGUUUUCAUAUUGGGAUUUUGAUGUCUGUUUAUUCUUGAGAUUUUGUGAUGGACUUGUAUGUAAAUAUUGUCAGAAACGGCAGUGUAGCUAGCUGCAUCUGAAAGAAUAUUUUCAACAGACAUGAUCAAAACUCUGAAGCUCCUGUUAAAAUAUGGCAGCCCAAGUAACACCUGUAAGUUUUAACUCUUGAAACAGUGAUGCAGAAACCUUUUUCGGUGCAUGGAAAAUAUGUAUGGAUGCGAAGAGAUCUGUAAUUAACCAGUUCUUGUUUUAAACUUCUCUUGUUCCCACAUGCAGAUGUUUUUGUGGCCCUUCUGAAGAUUUCAUCAGACUGGCAUUAUACUUUCUAUAUUUGAAAAAAGUUUGUAACAUGCAUUUUUAAUAGGUUGACUAAUUAGAAUUUGUGUAAUUUGAUUUCGUUAGACAGUUUUCAUUGUGUUGAAAUUGCAUGUAUGUGGCCUAAAGAGAAUCAGGUAAUUACUGUUCUUUAGCCAAGCUCGUGCUUGGCUGGAAUUUUGAAAUACUUGCAUCCAAAUUUCAGGGUGCCUGCAGUGAAUGUUUUCCAAGGAAACCUAACCAAAAACCUACUAAACUUCCUCUUUGUACAGAUCUUAACUUUUGUUUUGUUUUUGUUAAGCUUAGAGAAGACGAUUAAUAAAAUACUUACAAGAA